AUGGAUUCUAAAAAGGCUCGCUUUAUUGUGUGUGCGUGCUACAGAUCACCUAAAUUCUGUAAAAUUACUGAUUUCUUGUCGUCGCUUACAUCAGCUAUUGAACUUAUGUAUACAAGCCGUCAGGAAAUAUUAUUGAUUGGUGAUUUUAAUAUCGACUUGCUUGUUGGGGAGCACGGUGUUGUUGCUGAGGAUAACUCACUCAUGGACCUUUGUGAUAGGUUCUGUUUGCAAAACCAAAUUAGUGAACCGACAAGGGUGACUGAAAAAACAAAGUCUUUACUCGAUGUCAUUCUCGCUAGCCAUCCGGAACGAUAUGCAACUUGUGGUAAUUUGCAUAUGGGUCUGAGUGAUCACGAUCUUAUCUAUGCGGUGCGAAAGAAUAAAUUACCUAGGGCUAAGGCACGUGAAAUUGAAUACAGAAGUAUGCGACAAUUCGACUUAGAAAAAUUUUUAAAUGACCUAAAAACUAUUCCCUGGAGUUCCACUUACAUUUAUGACGACGUUGAUGAUCUAUGGCACCAUUGGGCUCAAUUGUACACUGAAGUGUUGGACAAACACGCACCAAUAAAGAAAAAACGGGUCAGAGGUGAUCAGUUGCCAUGGAUAACUCCAUUAAUUCAACGCGAAAUCUCGCGUCGUAAUCGACUGUUUAAGAAACAUGCAAAGAGCCCAACAACAACCUCUUGGGAGGAAUUCAAGAAACAGAGAAACAAGGUCACAUCCCUGAAACGAAAAGGGUUGAAGGCGUUCUGCAUGGAGGCAUCGUCAAACACUAAACAUCAUGGUGAGUUUUGGAAUAAGUUAAGACCUUUGUUGCCAAGCAAAGAAAAGAAGCAAUCAAAGAUAAUUCUGAUUGAGAAUGAGCGUGUAAUUACCGAUUCAUUAAUGGUGGCUGAAAUGUUUAACAACUACUUUUGCGAGGUGUCCAGGAGUGAUGGUGACAGUAAGGAAAUGGUUGAGUUUGUUGAUCAUCCUAGCGUUAAAGUCAUUGCUGAGAAAACUUGUGAUGAUGUUUUUGACCUCGUCCCAGUUGAUGUUGGCUACAUAAGGAAAAUUUUGGAUUCUCUUGACCCUCGCAAGGCUGUUGGGUGCGAUAAGAUAUCUCAGAGGCUACUUCGUUUAUCCUCACCUGUUAUUGCCGAGCCGGUUACCCGAUUAAUCAAUUAUUUUAUCACCAACCGUCAAUGGCCAAUAGUUUGGAAAAGCAGCGACGUUGUUCCUGUUUUCAAGAAGGAAAGUAUGACAGAUAAGACCUGCUAUCGUCCAGUCUCUGUUCUGACUUCCUUAUCGAAAUUAUAUGAGAAAGUAUUGUUCGAUCAAAUCUAUGAAGCCUUUCAUUGGCGACUCUCACCGAACCUGUCUGGCUUUCUCAAGGGUCACUCGUGUUGCACGGCCUUAUUGAAAUUGACUGAAGAUUGGAGAGCCUGUCUUGACAGAAGAGAAGCUGUUGCAGCGGUGGCUAUCAACCUAAGUAAAGCUUUUGACUCUGUUUGUCACCCGCUUCUCCUAGCUAAAUUAAAGGCAUAUGGUUUUACGCAUGAUGCGCUGGAAACUAUGACCGCUUACCUUACUGGACGAAGACAGAGAGUCAAACUUGACGGUGUAUAUUCUUCAUGGAGAACCGUUAAAACUGGUGUACCACAGGGGUCCCUGUUGGGUCCUCUCCUAUUUAAUUUGUACGUUAAUGAUCUUAAUUAUUUUAUUACUAGUACGUCCUUGAGGCUAUAUGCUGACGACACUACUCAUUACGCCUCUGAUGUCUCACCAACAGUAUUGCAGUAUAUAAUUAACUCUGAUCUGAGCGUUCUAUCGAGAUGGUUCUCAAUGAAUUUUUUACAGAUUAAUGCCGCCAAAACGCAAGCUAUCGCUAUUGGCCCGUCUUCAUACCAAUAUGAUUUCCAUCUUAAUGAUUCUAAUGUCCAUACAAAGGACACACUCAAAAUCCUUGGGGUGGUCCUAGAUAGCAAAUUAACAUUUAAAGCGCACAUAAAGCAACAGCUGAGUAAGGGAUGCGCAAAGGCUUCGGCUUUGCGGAGAAUACCUAGUAAACUUUGGAAUGCGCUACCCCCUAGACUCAGAGAAUCUCAAGAUAUUGCUUCAUUUAAGCAUUCUCUUAAAGCCCACAUGGCUUAA